CGUCACUUGGGGAGAUGGCGAGAAAACCCAGGGAAAUGAUUUAUUAGACGUUUUUAAAAGGCAAACAUGGGUAUCUUUGUGCUUAUUCAGUCUAAAACAACGGACUCUAGAUAGCAGAGGUCUCACUGAGCAGGAUCAUCUCUUCCAUGUGCACAAUAAUAAGGUGAGGCUCUCAGAUGGAGGCAGUGUGUGAGCGGGGCCAUGGAGGUGAUGAGGAGGAGGAGGAGGAGCAGGCAGGUGCAGGUGAGGCCAUGCUGUGGUCCAUCCAGGAGGCGCUGGAGAGGCAGACCCUGCAGAUAGGAGCGUCAGCCUGCGGGGCCACAGCUGUGGUGGACGUGCUGAAGGCCCUGGGGGUGGAUGUGGGCCCUGAGGAGGCGGACCGCUGCGUCCACACACGCCUGAGGAGGAACGAGUCACCGCUGCCUGACUACCUUCUGUCCCGGAGUGAAGCCGGUGCGACUCACGCUCAGCUCAUCCAGGGAGCAGAGGAGGCCAGUAAGGGGGAGGUGAUGGGUCGCUUCUUCCAUCUUCACCCUCGGCGGCGGGUCCGACUGGUCCCCUGGCUCGCACACUGGAUCCGAAAUGGCGCCGUUCCAGUGGCGACCAUGAACAUGCAGCUGGCUGUGCCCGAGGGAGAGGAGGUGCCUGACGCCUGGCACCAUCAGCUCAUAUUUGGCGUUGCACCCAAUGCUGUUUUCAUGACCAAUCCUUUAGAUGUAGUAAGCGAGCAAGAGGUGCACCAGAGACUCUGCAGUGAAUCUGUGUUGCUGAUUCGUCGGGAAGACGUCCUGCAGCGACUGACGCCAGAUUGCUGUCUGUCCAGCUUAUCCGACCCGCGCUGGAAAGCCCUGGAUAUUGAGGGCCAAGUGAGGCAGAUGUGCCUAGAAGAGGAGCAGGAAGAAGACGGGGUCAGGUUAACACACAUCACAAUCCCCGCAGCGUACAGCUCAGGCAUCACACUCUUCGCUUUACGACGGUCAGAGCUAGGACAAGAACUCCUCAACGCUCCUGAACUCCCUUUGUUGUGACUGGGACGGUUUCUCGCGAACUCCAAACUUAUUUAUUGGGAUUUAAAAUAGAACUGAUAAUAUAACACUUUGAUAUGGUGGCUGAGACUGACCUCCUUGAGGAGAGAGCAAUCAACAAAAUAUCACAUGAUGUUUUACUGUGCUAAUAACUCAGUUGUUGCAAAUGGCAGGUUAAAGCCACAUAAACAUUCGUGCACUGAGAGAAUAUAUUAUAGAUAUAAAAUCAUGCGUUGACAAGAAACAAAGCCACAGAAAUCAGUUGCUGAUUGUUAAUACAACAUCUGUUCUCUAGUUGCUGAAGCACCCUCUUGGACCUUUUAGCAGCAAGUGCCCACAUGUGAGGCUUCAUUCGCCAGCUGCGUUCUGUCACAAAACAGCUGCAAAAAUAGCAAUACAUGUACAUUUCUAUCACUGAUGCUUGUUUUUCCCCGUGCAUUAUUUCUUGGCAGUUAAUUACUUGAAUAAAGCAUGUUUCCAAUGA